UGGACGAUAGAAACCCUUUGCUGCCACAUUCACAAGAUGAAGCUUCCUGGGAUUCUUCUACUUUUUAUCAACCCAGUUUUUGGAAAAUUGAUCCAAACUCCUGUAGGUGACGAUGUUAGGUUUACCCUGACAAACAACUGCAAGAAGGGACGGGGCUCUCUGAAUCUGCGAAGGAAGGAUGCCAGCACUCAGCCGGUGGCCUCCCUGAAUGGUGUCUGGAAGCCUGGACCUGAAUAUCUUCACCGGGUGAAUCAAAGCGGAGAUGUUCUAAUCUUGAGUCGCGCCGAUUAUAAUGACGAAGGGCUGUACGAGUUCACAUGCAACUACAAGGAUGAAGAAGCCUACGAUCUAGAAAUGUUCCUGCCCUCUGAAGUUGAUGUACCCGAGGGUGAGGAUGCCAUACUCCCGUGUCGUUGUGUUACAGCGGGUCAGUGGGUGAAGUCGGUGCGCUGGAGGAGAAAUGGAGAGGUGGUGCUUCAGUUAGACGCUCUGUCAGGGGAAAUCACAUACGGAGAAAACUCUGACAAAAGUCGGGUAUCAGUGCCAUCAGACUGGAAACGACGAGCAGACCUGACCCUCACGAUGAGCCAAGCUCAGCUCCAAGAUGAAGGGGUCUAUUACUGUGACGUGGACAAGGUGCCCCCCCACAGGGCUGCUGUCCGCCUGCACGUUCGCCCUGAAAUCUCCACACCACCUGGCAACACACCUCAGCCUACAUCCACACCACCGGGGCUAUCACAGUCUUCACACUGGACAUGGAUCACAGUCCUAAUAACAGCAGCUGUAACAUCUGUCAUCGUUGGACCCGUGGCUUUCUUUUUGGGCUGGAAACAAGCAAGACAUACAGAGAUUGUCUAAUGGGUGGGUUUAAAAAAUAAAUAAUUAUCAUGAGAACCAUGAUCCUACUUCCCAAAGCUGCCAGACAACAGCACAUGUCUACAAAUGGCUCUGCAAAGUGUCCUGAAGCUCCAGAGGGAUUUGGCCUAGUAUCUAAAUAAUAAUAAUUUUUAAAAAGUAUCCAGUUGAGACCUCAGGGGUGACCUAUAAAAACUGUGGGACAUGCAAGGUGGACUUUUUAACAAAUGGAGUUUCAUUUUAUCAGUAAACACGUCAAUCAAGUAAAGUUUCAAGUUCCAAACUCAGAAACUCUGGAAGUCUUCAGUGCCUUCAUGUUCUCCAACUGUGCCUACCUUUCUUUUUAAUAUGCACAUCUGCACAUCAAGCCCCAACACAAGUCAACCACAGAUACACACACACACACACACACACAAAAGAGGUGACAAGACAAAUCGCCCUGAGUCCGAGACGAGCUGCUCCCAACCCUCCAAUGCUAUCCCCACGACUGGAGACAGCCGCUCCCUCACCUGACCACCCCACCCACCCCAGGCGACCAGUGGGCACUUCCAAAUCCCCGAAGCACAUACUGGAUGUCCUGAUGUGGGUGGUACAGACCACCCCCAUGCAGGAAGGCACGCAACCAGGAGACAGGCAACCCCGGGCACCAGGGACCCAGACCCUGCACUGGGACAGGCACACGAGAGGCCAGCCACCCGACUCAGAGCCCACUGAGCCCAACCUGAAUAUCUGUGGUUAGAUUGAUGAACUAUUUGUUGUAAUUUACUUUUUGUUCCAAGUUACCCAAUAUUACACAGGUGAUUGAUAGCUAAAGAUAAAAGAACACACACACUUUGUUCUCCAGUGUGCUCUUCUCUGCUCCCUCAUGUGUUUGCUUUAUGGUUGUUUGUGGGCCGUGGUGAUAGACUGCUGAGUUUUGCACAGUGAAGCCACGACUGCUCACCUUCAUACACCAUUAAAGGCACCAGCUGGACUUCUUUCUGUGGAGUUUUAAAAAGUCUUCAUUCUGUCAGGAUUACAUAAUUUGUCACAUUUUUCAUUGAAAAGUUGAAUUAAACCUCCAAAGAUGUGUUUGAUUCAUGUAUUUUAUCCACCCAAUGAUUUCUUUAUUUUUCUCUGUUACCAUUUCUUUCAUGCUGUUACAAUUAAUCAAAUGAAUCAAUAAAAUGAUUUAAUUUAUAGUGA